CAAACGAAUUAUUUUAGUUUAGACCCAACCCCUCCCUCCCUCCCCCUCAGAACGUAAAAAAGUUUGACAUAUGCAUGCAUAAUACAACAAAAGUUGCAAGUGUGUAACUGCUCCUAUGGGCAUGCACAUGUAUCAAUGUUUUCUGAAACGAAAUUGGUCAACCCCCUCCCACCCCAUAACGAAAUUAUUUCGUUUUGUGAAAAAAGUUCGAUAAUUAUGGACGACCCCUUAGUUACUUGAAGGUAGAUCUACAUUGGUGAAGUACGGACUUGUGCAAUUAGCUCAGCGGCAAACAAUGUCUUCUCCUACCGGCAGCUGCACCGGAACGCUUGACGGCCAUUACGACUACGUGGUGGUGGGUUGCGGCGGUAUUGGCAGCGGAACGCUCUACUGGUUAGCACGGACCUUGGGACAGACGAAACGAAUUCUGGGUCUGGAGCAGUUCGAGCUGGGACACUGCAAUGGCGGCUCCCAGGAUUACUCGCGAAUAGUGCGUCUAACGUACCAUGUGGAGACUUACACAAAGCUGGCAAUGGAGGCUAUGGAUGCAUGGCACAUAGUGGAGCAGGACGCCGAGCACAAGCUUGUCGAUCACUGCGGAGGCAUACAGAUCACAGAGAAAGGCAGUCCAUUCAUGGUGAAGACAAUAGAGGCUGCCAUCAAGCAAGGCAUGAAGUACGAACACAUAACUGGUACUGAGUUAAGCCAACGCUAUCCGCAGUUCAAUGUUGACAACUCCGUUGAGGCUAUGGUUGACCCUGAAGCUGGCUAUGUGGAUGCUGCACAGGCCAAUGCUGUUCACGUAGCUCUAGCAAGACAGCGCGGGGCGACGGUUGUUGACAGCUGCAAGGUGUUGAAAAUUAAACAGCAGAGUAACUCGACCUACGAGAUUGAGACCAGCUGUGGAAAGCUGACAGCCGAGAAGAUCAUCAUCACUUCCGGGGCAUGGAGUAACCAGAUGCUUGGCAGCUUUGGUGUUACUCUCCCGCUGAAAGUCACCCAGGAACAAGUGCAUUACUAUGCCACGCCGAACAUCCAAGACUUCAUGCCUGCAAAGUUUCCAGUAGUUAUGUGGAUGAUGUGCAACAUGUGCUACUAUGCCAUGCCCAUCCAUGGCGUCAUAGCCCUGAAGGUGGGCAUUGAUAAUGGCGGAGCAGAGGUGACGGCCGAUCAGAGAAGCUUCACACCGGAUGAGCUCAACAUGGAGAAAACGGACACAUUUGUCAAGCGUUUCUUACCCAAGGGAUACGGCCCAAAGGCCCAGGUCAAGACCUGCCUCUACACAAUGCCACCGGAUCGUAACUUUGUCGUGGACACCCUGGUUGGAUACGGACACCCGAAUGUGUCAGUCUGUGUUGGUGGUGGACAUGCCUUCAAGUUUGCCAGUGUCCUUGGAAGGGUUCUCACAGACUUGUCAACUAAAGGGCACACUGAGACGGAUAUUUCGAUCUUCUCUCUCAAGCGCGAAGCUCUGACCGAUCCAGAGUUUCCCGACCUGCGACAGUUCAGCAGAGAAGAGGCAAAGAGCGAUGAUGGGCCGUAAAGCACACCGGUGUCGUGUCCUGGCAUCCGAAGGAAUCUACUGCGUUAUAGAAAUCCUAUCUGCUGAUGCCAUGCAGUAGAGUAAACUAUUUUCUCUCUGUCUCUCUCUGUGUCUCUCUCUGUCUCUCUCUGUCUCUCUCUGUCUCUCUCUCUCUCUCUCUCUCUCUCUCUCUCUCUCUCUCUCUCUCUCUCUCUCUCUCUCUCUCUCUCUCUCUUCUCU